ACAAUUGGCACACAACAUAAUAAGAGAUAUAAAUGAUUCAAGAUCCGUAGGUACAUGGAAAUAGGGAUGGCACUGAUUGUGAGAACUUCAUACUUGAUAGUCGUCCCUCGUCAAUCAAAUUCUAAUUUCUAUGCCUGAAAUACUCAGACACGCGUUUCCCGCGUUCCAAAAUCUUGUCGCAGUAAGUAAAAUAUACAACCUUAGAGUUAUACACUCAGUAGAUAGAGACAGGACACAAAUUUUAUUACUAUGGAGAAAACCCUUGCCUAUAAGCAAACUCGCCCCUCCUCAUAGUCAUAAAUCUUGAAAAAAGUUAUUAAUGUCUCCAAUGGACCCUUUUACGAUCACCCAAUGGCAAUUAGGUUGUCAAUUCUUUUCAUGAAUAGUUGAUAUAUUAUCUUUAAUAAGCUAGAAUCAGUGGGUAUCUGGUGCUCAAAAUGAAUGGCUACAGCUUGUUGGAGCAUACUCUUCGGAAUAUACUUUGCUCUAUCAAUCCGUUGGAUGAGGAUUGGUCUAUGAGAUUUCAACUCAUUGAUGAACUUCGAGCCAUGGUUGAAAACAUAGAAAGCCUGAGAGGGGCAACUGUAGAGCCAUUUGGAUCUUUUGUGUCAAAUCUUUUUACAAGAUGGGGAGAUCUUGAUAUUUCGAUUGAGUUGCCCAAUGGAUCAUAUAUCUCAUCUGCUGGAAAGAAGUACAAACUAAGUCUACUAGAGGAUGUGCGAAAAGCUCUGAAAGCUAAAGGUGGAUGCCGAAAGCUGCAAUUUAUUACCAAUGCAAGAGUCCCAAUCUUGAAGUUUCAGGGCAAUUACAAUAUUUCUUGUGAUAUAUCAAUCAAUAAUUUGAGUGGCCAAAUGAAGUCCAAAAUAUUAUACUGGAUCAACAUGAUUGAUGGACGAUUUCGUGAUAUGGUUUUACUGGUGAAAGAAUGGGCUAAGGCACAUAAUAUCAAUGAUUCGAAGGCUGGAACUUUGAACUCAUACUCUCUCAGCUUGUUAGUUGUGUUCCACUUUCAGACAUGUGUGCCUGCAAUUUUACCACCUCUUAAAGAAAUAUAUCCAGGAAAUAUGGUUGAUGAUCUUACAGGUGUUAGGGCUAGUGCAGAGAAGUUCAUUGAAGAAACAUGUGCUACAAAUAUAAAUCAACUUAUGUCAAAAAAGUCACGAGCGAUUAACAAGAGUUCUCUGUCUGAGCUUUUCAUCUCAUUUAUUGCAAAGUUCUGCAACAUCAGCUCAAAAGCCUCUGCUCAAGGAAUUAGCCCAUUCACUGGCCAGUGGGAAGACAUUGAGGGCAACAUGAGAUGGCUGCCUAAAACAUACACAAUAUUUGUUGAGGAUCCCUUUGAGCAGCCAGCUAAUGCAGCAAGGGGUGUAAGCAGUAAACAACUAACAAGAAUAGAAGAAGCAUUCAGGAGGACUCACUUUAUGCUUAUUUCAUCGAAUCAAAAUCAGAAUGAAGUUAUUUCUACUCUUGUUAAGCCACAUGUAUCGAAGUUUGUGGCAAGAACUCCUACUGGAAUCCAAAAUAACUACAGUAGAAAUGGCCUUAGGCCGCAAGUGCAGGCGCAGAGAGCUAUAAAGCCACCAUUACAAGUACAACAUCAGCUUCAGGCACAGAGAGCUAUACCGCCACCAAUGCGAGCACAACAUCAGCUUUAUGCACAGAGAGCUGUACUGCCACCAAUCCAAGCACAAAUUCAGCUUCAGGCACAGAGAACUUUGCAGCCACCUAUCCAAGCACCACAUCAGCUUCAGGCACAGAGACCCAUAUAUCCACCAUUUCAAGCACAUCGGCUUCAGGACAAAAGGUUGGACAGGAAUCAGAAUUCGUCGGCGCAGAGACCCACUCAGGCUAAUCGUGUUCAAACACAGCCAAUAUGGAGGCCAAAAUCUGACAGAUAGGGGCAUGAAUUUGACUUGUGCUGCUGAAACUAAGCAUCCUUUCAAGUGCUUACUAUUUUUUGUUUUGUUAGGGUAAAAUGAUGGCUUGGUCCAGAGAGAUCAACGAGUCUUUUUGCCAGUUUUAGAGAAAAAGACAAUUGUCCCUUCUGAGGGGACAUCCGAUAAUUGGAACGAUACAGAAAAAAAACACUUGAUAAUACAAAUUGCUGUGCGCUAUAAUUCCAGCACUAGUGAUGGAGGAUUCUGACGCACAAUACUUGAGAUAUAUUCUCUUAGAGGUGUUCCAACGCCCUUCCCACCUUU